AUGACGACGACUUCUUCGAUUCCGGUAUUUGUUACCGGCUCUUCAUUAACAACCAUUACUCUCCUAUCUCUUGUCGUCUUCAUUUUGUUGAGUACCCUAUUCAACGUUCUUUUUCAACUAUGUUCCAGAAAAGAGGUAAACAAACCGCCUCUGGUGUUCCACUACUUUCCUAUAAUCGGAAGUACGAUAACGUACGGCAAGGACCCUUUAGCCUUCUUCCAGGACUGCAAAGCCAAGUAUGGCAAUGUCUUCACCUUUGUUCUACUCGGUAGACCCGUUACCGUAUACCUUGGUGCCAAUGGCAAUAAUUUCAUUUUAAACGGAAAGCAGAGCGAACUCUCGGCAGAAGAGGUAUACUCGCCUCUGACCACACCUGUUUUUGGGACCGAUGUGAUAUUUGACUGCGACAACGCAAAAUUUAUGCAACAGAAGAAGUUCGUUAAAUUCGGCCUGAGUCAAGCCGCUCUUGAAUCAUACGUUCAGCUCAUUACACGAGAAACCACGGCGUUCUUCACUUCAUAUACGCCUCUUCAAAGCCAGGGGAAAGGAGGUGAUGUAAAGGCAAGAAUUGUCGACGUACCCUCUGCUAUGGCAGAAUUGACCAUAUAUACUGCAUCCUCCUCCCUACAAGGCGCCGAAGUACGUCGGCAGUUUUCAUCGUCUGGGUCGCGUAUCGCAGAUCUCUAUCAUGACCUUGACAUGGGCUUUUCACCUAUCAACUUUUUCCUUCCGUCCUGGUUCCCAUUGCCGAGAAACCGAAAGCGCGACGCAGCACAGCGCGAAAUGACAAAGAUAUACACAGACAUAAUUUCCGAACGACGAAGGCUAACAAAUAACACCUGUGAUUCGGAUGAUGGGAAGGAAGAGACAGAGAAGCAGGACAUGAUUUGGAACCUAAUGAGUAAUUGCACAUACAAAAACGGAAAUGUGCUUCCAGACAAGGAAAUCGCACAUAUGAUGAUCGCGCUUCUUCUCGGCGGCCACCAUUCAAGUUCUGCCGUCAUUGCGUUUGCCAUUCUCAGCUUAGCGAAUCGUCCGGAUAUUCAAGAGAAACUCUACGAAGAGCAGGUCCGCGAGCUUGGAGACGCGGGUUUGACAUACGAAGGUCUUCAGAGGCUCAAACUGCACACGAACGUGAUCAAAGAAACCCUGCGCCUGUAUAACCCAAUACAUUCAAUUAUGCGACUUGCCAAAACCCCGCUUAUCGUCAAAGAUGAAAGUGGGAUGGUGGUUCCAUCCGGCCACACCCUCCUUGCGAGCCCUGCAUUCUCGGCCCGAGACGAGACCUACUUUGCCGAUCCUCUGACUUGGGAUCCGCAUCGAUGGGAGAAAAAGGCGUCUGUUCAUGAAACAAGUGAUGACGACGAAUUAUCAGCUAAAGGGGCGAAUAGUCCAUAUUUGCCCUUUGGGGGUGGUCGGCACAGGUGCAUCGGGGAAAAGUUUGCGUAUGUCCAGUUAGGGGUUAUACUAGCAAUUUUCACAAGAUUUUUUCAGGUCAGGGGAAUGCAUGGAAAUACCGAUGCGUUGUUAGCGACCGACUACUCUUCGCUUUUUUCUAGACCGCUGGCCCCGCCAAAGUUUUCUGGGAACCUAGAGAUGGAUUUCCGAGUAAGGGUUGAGUUGAUAACCUUCGAGUGCAACUGGUCCCCCAUACGGGAAUAA